AUGGGUUGGAAUGUUUUGGCCUCCCUGGCCAACCAUUCCAUAAGCGCAAGUGUUUCACUUGCGCUUCCCAGAAGUGCAGUCACCGGGAUCAAGGAUGGAUACCAACCUCGGUCAAUCCCUCUCCCCUCCAAUCCUCAUCUCCCUCUUUCCGUCUUCCUGCUCACCAGAGCGCAUCUGGUUCACUGCCCGCCGAGAGCUCAUCUCGGUACACACAAGCUCGCCAGAGCUCAACUGGCACACCGCUUGUCGAGCACAUCUCGACAUCCACAUGCUCACCCUGGCACAAUAGGGAACACCUCCGACAAUCCGUUUUUGGCUAGCUGGACUAACCAAGACGCUCAACCCUACCCUCCAGAUCCUCCUGCAAACGCUCUUGGUAAUCUGAUCGCUCAGAUAGAAGCUGCGCGAGCGGCUCCUCCAGGGAGGAAUCGUGAGUUCUUGGUUCAGACCUGUAGAAGGCUUUGCCGAGAGCUUGGAUUCACCUUGGAGUCGUUUACUAACGAGUUCAGAGGAGAGGGAGAAGCUGGUGGAAGUGGUAGUGCACAUAGAGGAUAG